AUGUAUCCUACCCUCUCUUGCUCACUUCACUCUAGCAAUUGCCAUAUCUCUCCAGUCAAGGGCGGCCCCAACGAGACCAUAGCCUUGUCACAGCAGGAGCUCAUAGUCCAGAAGUGGUCUAUUCUCUGGCGAUCUAUCAUCGCUUCGAGCUUGGAACAGACCUUGUUCCCGUACUGCAAAUACAUCAGAGUACUCGAUUUGCAAGAUCUCAGAUACUUACUUGAAGAUGCCAAAUUCAGGGGCAACAUAUCCAGGAAUUUCUUCUCUGGGAAGCUCUCAAGGUUUUACAUUGUCCUCGACCCUCCAGCAUCAAAGGUCGGAUCCAAACCCGUCCCCCGUGCUGCUCGUCUCAACGUGACUUCCAUAACGGAUGCCGUCGGAGAAGUUGUUACUCCCCAUACACACAUGCUGGAACAGAUAUCGGGAGAUGUGUUGCCAACUGCUCUCCCAAGAUGGAUCACCAGGCUACCACGCCUGAGGUCGCUUGAUUUGUGGGACGGCAGGAGUCUUGCAGAGGAGAACCUACAGGAACUCAUUGCCAAGCACUGCCCAAAUUUUGAUACUUUCAGUCUAUACAUGUGGCCUGGGGAGGGGCAGGAUCAUCGAUUCUCGACUUUCAUAAGUGGUCUCCGUCCACAAUCACUUCACUAUUUCGAGGUUUUCAGUGAUGCCCACAUCGGUGCGGAAACCUGCCUAGCAUUGAACGACCACGGACAGUCGCUAAAAUCCAUCAAGUUGAGCCUGAGGUCCGAGGCUCUCCCCCAAUUGGCGCUCCUUAAAGGCUGCACAGCAGUGGAGACGCUACACCUGGAGGACAUGGACGGCACUGCUGACCUCCACAAGAUUCACAAUGACGCCUUUCUUGAGGUUGUUGACUGGCUCAAAAAUUGCAGCAACCUACAAGACUUCAGCCUAAAAAACUUUGUCGGAGCAGCGGACAUCGGUACUCCUAUCCUCGUGGAACAUUCUAUCCGGUUGCGACAGCUCUGUUUAGAUAGCUAUAUGGUCAAGGAUAACCAGACCUUUCACGCGGCAUUGAUCCAGCAGCCACUGCUAGAAGUUUUGUCACUCAAAGGCGAGGCCGACGGAGUGGGUUUCGAUGACAAUGAGAUCCUGCUCCAGUCUGUUGGACAACUCAAGGAACUACGCGUACUGGAACUCAGAGGUGUGUCGGAUUACUUCUCGAACGAACACAUCAUUGGCCUUGCAGAGCAACUUAAAAAGCUGGAAGACCUCUACAUCUCCGGCUAUGGUAUCACUGACAUCGUCUGGGACCCUCUUGCUGAGUUGAAGAACCUCCGGAAUAUUGUCAUCAAUGCUUGGACUGCCUUCACAAUGGACGGAUUACUGGAGUUCAUCGAGAAGCUCAGGCCAAGCAAUCAAGGAAUCGUGAUUUCCAUAUACAAUGCAGAUCCAGACAGUUUGCUUAGCGAGGAGCAGCAGGCUUUGGUGCGGGAGGUUCUCGCCACGAAGGUUGGCGGAAGGCUGGAAUAUACCCCUUGGAGAGACCCAGAAGUAUCGGAGUUUGAGGGCGAAUCAGAUGAGUGA